CCUCCACACUUCCUGCUUUGUUUGAGAGGGAGCGAAUUGACGGACUGAAUAGGCUAGCUGUGGAGUUUAGAACAUACGAAUGUGGGCUGGGAAGUUUAGAACAUACUAAGAAUGUGCUGGUUUUGAGUGAUUGUGAUUCACUCCCAGUCAGUGACAACAGACAGGGUAAGGAUAAGCAGUCAGGUCAAGUUAGGUUGUUAAAUUACUGUGCAAGUUAGCAUUUGUUGAUUCAAUUUAGCACUUAGCAAGUUCUGGUCACUACAGGAUCCUGUUUUGAAACUGGAUGUAAAGGUGUCUUUUGCCACAGUCCGUGCCCUGUCCCAUGAGACCCAUCGACUCCAGCACAGCCACCACUGUCCAUCAAUAUGUGUCCAAGCCAUCAGAUCCUGAACGUCUUGAUUUCAAGGACAAUGUUCCUACGGCCAGUCUUCUUAUACAUGUUCCAUUAGAGAUCAUAUUUUGUCAGUGCAAAGCAAACUAUUGUGUGAAAUAUACCACUUCAUAAUUGAAAUAUCAUAAUACUCAACUUUAAGUUGUUUGAGGCACAGGAGUGUGUUGUGUGAUUUCUGGGCUGGAACAAAAGCCUGUGCACUCCAUGGCCCUCUAAGUAAUGUCAGGAUCAAUAAUUUAGCCAGCUAACUGAGAAAGAUUGACUUCAAAUGUAAACAGUACUUUCUCAAUAACACAUAAUUUACUUUAGCUCUUUUGAUAAACCAGAAAACAAACCGCUAUAUCUGAGAGUUUGUUAGUUACCUGGCUAACUUAUUGAUUCUGCUUUGUUACAUACACUGUAGGACUAGGUUGGCCACGCCUUCCUUCACUUAGCCAACACCUGGUGCAAAAAAUCAACAAUAAUCAAUUAGUAUGAAAUUAAAUUCAGGUGUGCAGACUGAUAGUAUCUACUGGACUUUUUCACUGGGAAACUAAAAUCAAAAGUCGUACUUAGUCUAGCUGUUGAUACUUAGUCUAGCCCUUGAUACUUAGUCUGAGUGUCCACAGGUGCAUUUAAUUGUCUCCUUUCACAGGGUAAUCUAACUGGGCUAAAUAGAAUUUCAUCCAAAUGCAAAGGGAAUCCCCCAUGAAUGUUAUCAUAGGAGGAUUACCCCAUACCCUUGGGUUUGACAGGUCAAUUCAGGUCCAUGCUGUCAGAGGGGGGGUCACAUGGAGCUAAUCUCUGAAUCACAGAACUAAUUUUACUUAAUUGUGUCGAAUGCUCAAUUAGGUUCUGGGGGGAAAUCCCUGAAAAAAAUAUCAGAGACAAGUAAAGUCUCCACCCUCCUAAACAGAAACUCUUUACAUGGAGCAAAUGCGUCGCAUUACAUUUUCAGCUGCAGGUCAAGCAUGGAUGUUGCUGUUGCAGAGGAACCCCUGAGGAAAAUCUUCAGAGCAAAAAAGACUAUGAAAGUCAGCGAUCGACGGCAACUGGAAUCCCUUCACACCACUCUUUCCUCUCCAUGUUCUUUCCCAUCUCCACCUCAGCCAUCAAUGGUAAAUGGGAAGCACUGUGAAGCUGUGUCUAUGGAAGUAGAUAAAGAAAUACAUGGAACUACACAUACCACCACUCAUGCCACUUCCUCCCUGACAGCCACAUCCCUAACCACUGAGACCUCUGAGGAACCAACAGCCUCUGAAUUACUGGUUUCUUCAUCACAGAACAUACACUCUGAUGUAAAAGAUGUUCAGGAAGAAGGAGAGGGGGACAAGGAGUCUACAUUACCCAGCCUCGAGGUAGAAGACAAAAUUAAGGGGGAUAGAAAUUCCAAAGGAGAUGUUAUUGUUUCCUCUCCUGUGAGUUCAGAGAAAACAGAAGCAGUAAGAGAGAGACAGGUUGAUGGUAUGGAAAUGGACCUGGUACCAGUUACCACUCAGGACACAGUGCCCAUAUUGAACCCUGCCGCCUCCCUCCUCCUGUCUUCCAACACGGCUGUAGAGUCUGUCUCUUCCCCUUCGCUCUCCCCAUCAUACACGGCCGAGUCAGACCAGGAGGUCAGGCCAGGGUUCCUGGUGCUUAGUGAAGAUGAUGAUGUCCAGGAUGAGAGUGAUGAGGAACAGAGGGAACGUGAAGGAGGGGUAGAAAAAGUUGAGGUUAACAUGAAGAAGCCAGAACAAAUUGUAAGUGGUGCUCCAGUUGACUCUCCAUCCCCUUCAUCACCAACGCCCCUUCAGAUUGAUGAAGAAGAGGAGGGUGCUGCUCUACAGAAGAAACGAUCCUUGUCUGGAGACUCAGAGGAUGGUGGUGAAAAACAGGGAGAAAGAGACUUGGAAGUGGUGGAGAGGCAUAACAAGAGGCCCAGAGUAGACUGUGAAGAGCUGGAGGCUCAUGUGGAGCUGAAGAUCAGUGGGAGUGUUGAAAGGCAACACAAGCUAAAGAAGGUGGUGCAGCAGCUUGUUGAGGAGCAGUUGUGUGUUCUGCAGCUCACACUAUUUGACAAGAGUCUUCAGGGGCUCAGAGACAGACUGGACAAAAUAGAAAAACACCCGAGUGCACUCAAGAGCCUGCAGGCAAAGAUUGGCCGACUUUCUAAGAAAGUUGGAACUGCCAUCCAGGCCGGGGAGAAUGCCAAGAAACCUCCAGAGGUACUGUUGCCACCUACCUCUACUCAUGCCACAGCAACCACCCCAGCAGAAUCAGCAAUUCUCGGCCUGAGAACAAUGGGGAACAAAACACCGGAUCCAAAGCGUAAUGAUCAGAGCAGUCAAACCCCUACUCCUGUACGUAAUGAUCAGGGCAGUCAAACCCCUACUCCUGUACGUAAUGAUCAGGGCAGUCAAACCCCUACUCCUGUACCCACAGCCUCCUUGCUACCUUCCCCCUCUUCCACAGUCUCAGCCGGAUCUCAACCCACAUCCCAAACCUUGAUGCUGAGCACCUGUGUUACCCCAACACCAGGCCCGUCUGCCUUCCCUCUCCAGUCAUUCCUCAUACAGCUGCCUGGUGGAGGGACAGCCAUCCUUACCAACCCAACCAACUCUCAGCUAAUCCCAGUGUGCGCACUUCCCGUCAUGACGAGUUCCACUGUGACACCCACCACUGCCUUCCUCCUGCAGAGGACUACUCCCUACACCCCUGCUGCUCCCAAGCCCCCCUCUGCUUCUGCCCUCUUAUCUCAUUUCGCUGCCAUACCCAUACCCACAACCACGACUACCCCCACUGACACACCAGCUGCCACAACGUCCCACAUGACCACACCCAUAACCACACCCACAUGCAGGGCCACAACCACACCCUGGGCCACAACCAUAACCACACCCACAUGCAGGGCCACAACCACACCCUGGGCCACAACCACACCCUGGGCCACAACCAUAACCACACCCACAUGCAGGGCCACAACCACACCCUGGGCCACAACUGUAACCACACCCACAUGCAGGCCCACACCCAGGGCCACAACCGUAACCCCACCCAGGGCCACAACUGUAACCCCACCCAGGGCCACAACCGUAACCACACCCAGGGCCACAACCGUAACCACACCCAGGGCCACAACCAGGGCCACAACCGUAACCACACCCGGGGCCACAACCACACACAGGGCCACAACCAUAACAAUAACCACACCCAGGGCUACAACCAUAACCACACCCAGGGCCACAACCAUAACCACACCCAGGGCCACAACCAUAACCACACCCACACGCAGGGCCACAACCACACUCUGUGCCACACCCAAUAUCUCCCACCCUGGAGCCUCUGGGACAGUCAGCAGGCCCAGCUCCGGUGUGUCUGUCUCUGUCUGUGAGUCCAUUCGGCUUGUGUCUGUGACGAACUCCACUUCAACUUCAUCCUUACCAAGAAUCUCAAUGCCAGCCACCCCAGGCACUCAACCCUCUGUGCGACCAGCUGCCUCUGUACAACAAGCUGCCUUAGUACAACUAGCUGCCCCUGUACCACAUGUGCCUGCGAAAACAGGUAGUGAAUCUACAAACCCUCCUUCAGACUCCACACAGGCAUCUCACCCUGCCAAAUCAGAAGCAUUCAUAGACCUGACAGAGGAGGAGGAGGAGGAUGAUGAUGUUCUAGUUACUGGAGUGCUGAAGGCUCCGGUGGCUUUGAAGGCCUCACCCUCGCCUUCAACAGCGGGUCAGCGAACAACAGCCACACAGCAAACAGCCACCUCCACUUCAGUCGGCACACAGGCCGUGAGGUCAUCUCUUGGUCAGAUGUCAGGUGUUGGAUCUCUGCAUUCUGUUUAUCAUCGCCCCCUGCAGGGCUCCCCAUCUAAAAGUGUUGCCUCUGCAACAUCCACUUCAUCUUCCACACCUUGCCCCCAGCCCUCUCCCCUUCCCCCCUUGCCCGUCCCACCUCAAACUAUCAGCCUGCCCCUAGAAGCGGCCAGCACCAGCCCUCCACAGCAGCCUCUGCUCAAAAUAACCCGGGUUCCGAGCCAUAAUGACGGCAUCGUGCUAUCCUGGUCUGUGACUGAGGUAGACAGGAGCUGUGCUGCCGUGGACAGCUACCACCUAUACGCCUACCACCAGGACCACUCUGGCCCCAGCACACACCCCCUACUCUGGAAGAAGAUUGGGGAGGUGAAGGCCUUGGCUUUGCCCAUGGCCUGUACACUCACACAGUUUGUCUCUGGCUCCAUGUACUACUUUGCAGUCCGUGCCAGGGACGUGUUUGGCCGCUUUGGACCAUUCUGUGAGCCUCAGUGCACUGACGUCUUAACGUCCCCUUCACCGAAAGCUCCAAUUUAACCACACGCUAAGAAUUAAGUUAAAAUGUAUUGUGUCAAGUUAAAACAAGAGGAGAAAUGUUGAUUCUGCAUAUUUUUGUUCUGGUUACUUAGAAAGCCAAAGUGAAAAGUUCAGUAAAGCUUCUGGCAAAACUAAUUGCUCUAUUUUCAAAUUAAUGUGUUUGGUAUUUGUUUUAUCAGAAUUGUGCACUCAAAUCAUAUUUGAGCCCAGGUGUUUACAAGAGUGACUUAUCAUUGGAAUGUUACUGGGAAAUGUUGUUGCCCAUCUUGGUGAAAUCGGUUGGCCCCAUGUGACCACUGUCUGCCUGCCGUGUGUCUGCCUACCACAUGGGAGCAGCAUUGUACCAAAAUGGUAUCUUCGACAGGACGAGAGGAUUUGAAAAUCAAAUCUGAAAUGGCCUGGUCCCGUUUUCUGAACGAUUAUGGACAAAGUAUUCUUCUCCUUCUAGUUUCCUGAAGGUAUUUGAAAACUCAAACUUUUCAUUGCAAUUGUCAGUCUAACUGAAAGAACAUACUAUGAAGGGCAGAAUGACCAUGUUAUUAUAUGGUAAUACCCAGUAGUUUUGCAUCUCAUGAGAGGCUUUAGCAGGCUCAUUUAUGUGACCUCUCUUUUCCUCCUGCUCAAUUCCUGCUACUGGGAAGGACAAGUUCUACAGUUAAAUUAGACAUGAUCUAGGGCCUCCUGUGUAUGUGGGCACGUCCUGGGACAUUUUUUUUUUAUGGAUGUAAUUUAAUAUAGUUUUUUUAACCUUUUUUAAUUUGGCAUGAACAGAACCAGUCAUGAUGAUUUCAUGUUGUCAAACAAACAACUUCAAAAAGUAGGCUACCUGCGCACGUCAACUCCAAAAUAAUUCCAGUAUCCUAACAUUUGAUGAAUAGAUGAAUGGAAAGAGACAUCUGUUACAAAACACCAAAAAGUGUAAUGACAUUCUGUGAUUUUCAUUAGGUCUACACUUUUGUAGCCUGAAUUUAUUGAUCCGUCUUUGACAAAAGGACGUUUUUUUUUGUAGAAAGAAAAGUUGGGGCGACUGAAAAGGGGCUGAGAGAUGGAACUAUCCUGGGAUGACAAGUGCAGCCACGUGGAUAUAUAUAUAUUUUUUAAACCAUGACCGGCGGGGGUGUUCAUUUAAUUUGGAGUACGCUUUUAUUUUAAGAUUUACCUCAAGCAGUACAAAUUGCAUUUUAAAGAAAUAGUAGAAUUGUUUAAUUAGUAUUAUUUAGAGACCCUGCCCCCCACCCCAAAGUUUGACUUUGUUGCAUUUAGGGGGACUCAUGUCUCAUUCAGGGGUCUGAGACACUCCUGGGUCCCAUGCAAUUCAUACUGUCUGUUGAUCGUUUUAUGCUCUGUCUGAUAGUGACAUGUAAAGUCUUAAUGGCUGGUUAGAAACAUGUAAAUAAAUGCAUUGGACCGGACAACAGAAAGGACCAAGAAAUAUUCAGACUUUAAUUGUUCAUUAAAAUGUUUGUAAACUAUA